GAGUUGGCAGUGACCAUUGAGUCAGACGGCUAUCUAUAUGACAGACAACAUGGCUGCCUCUGUGCAGCGUUGUGUGAUGGGCUGCAGAGGUCUGUUACAGAAGCCUUGGAUGCUGUUUCUCUCAGGGAUCUUUAUAAGUUGUUGUGUGGCCGACAUUGCUGCAGCUCCGGAGACAGGACAAUGGACAAUAACCGUUGUCAAUACAUCCAAACCCUUGCUCAUAAGGAAAUCCAUGUACAGUGGAACAGAUGUAAAAUUGAAAGUAAUAUCUUUCAACUGUCCCGAAGAGGUGAAAUUUACCGUUCAGUGGUAUUUAAAGUUCUACCCCUGUCACAAUGAGUUCAACAACAUUGAAGAAAUGUAUGAGAGGACACCCCUAAGCAGGGGCGAGGGGCUAGACCCCAACCCAUUAGGCAUGGGAGAAUGCCUUGAGCACAGGUAUAAACCCAUAACGUGCAAUAAGGAGAUGUCCAUGUUUUCCAGUCUAAAUAAAACCAAAGCAGAACCGCGCGAUGUAAAACCACCGUCAGAGAAUGGCGUACAGAAUGAAAACGACACCAGGUGGCUAACCGAAGAGGUUGACAAACAAGGAGUUCCGGCUGAUGUAAUCGCGACCACAUGGAGAGACGGCCCUUACUUGCUGGUGGUGAAGAUAACGUCGACCAAGCCAGAGUCGGACUGGAAUUUAACAGUCAGUGUGGUGAUGAAGGGCACACACGGCUUCAUCUCUAUCACCGAGUGGCCCCUGAUGAUAUUCUACAUGGUGAUGUGUGUGGUGUACAUCCUCUACGCCUUGCUCUGGUUCGUCUGGGCAGCCUGCUACUGGAAGGACCUGCUGAGAAUCCAGUUCUGGAUCGCCGGGGUCAUCUUCCUGGGCAUGGUGGAGAUGGCCGUCUUCUGUGCCGAAUAUGAGAACACCAACACAGUGGGGCAAGCCACCCAAGCCCUACUGAUCUUUGCGGAGCUCGUCUCUGCCCUCAAGAGGACUCUGGCUCGGCUGCUCGUCAUCAUUGUCAGCCUUGGAUACGGCAUAGUCAAGCCUCGUCUUGGCACGGUGAUGCACAGAGUGGUGGGCUUGGGGGUGCUGUACUUUUCCUUCGCUGCCAUUGAAGGCUUCCUGAGGAUCACUGGGGCGAAGGAUUCUGACCUGGCCCUGCUAGCCAACAUUCCCCUGGCUCUGCUUGACUCCUCCCUCUGCUGGUGGAUAUUCGUGAGUUUGGCUCAAACCAUCAAGACACUGAAGCUGCGGAGGAACCCCGUCAAGCUGUCCCUGUACCGACACUUCACCAACACGCUCAUCUUCGCUGUCAUUGCCUCCAUCAUCUUCAUGGUCUGGACGACAAAAAAGUUCCGCUUUGCAGAUUGUCAGUCAGACUGGAUGGAGCUGUGGGUGGAUGAUGCCUUCUGGAGGUUCUUGUUCUCCAUCAUUCUGCUGGUCAUCAUGUUCCUAUGGAGACCGUCUGCAAACAAUCAAAGGUAUGCGUUUACGCCUUUGAUGGACGACUCUGACGAUGAGGAGAUCGAGGAGUUCCUCGUGUCUGCUAAUCUGGCCGACGGAAUAAAGCUGAGAUCAACCAAGAGUGAUGCCAAUGGCACAGCACCCAAACCUGCAGCCAAUCCAGAUGAAGACUUGAAGUGGGUGGAGGAGAACAUCCCUACAUCACUGUCCGAUGUGGCACUUCCUGUUCUUCUGGACUCUGAUGAGGAAAUCAUGACCACAAAAUACGAGAUGUCCAAGAUGGAGUAGCGUUUUGGGGAAAGCGGUGCUUCUCUGCCCUGCUCGACGUGGCUCCCCCUGCUGGCCAGACUACAGACUACGCCCAUCGGCCCUCGCUGCAGAGGGAUGUCUGAACACUAAGCAACGAGAGGCUGCUCCUAGCAGAGGCCGGGGAAGGGUUCUGCCUGCCAGAGCUGAGGGCUGAUGCUUGCCUCGUGGGGUUUCUCAGAUAGAGGUGUUACCUCACAGUUCCUUCAUGAAAGUCUAAAACACACUCCCGUCACCCUCGUGCACCUGGUGUCCUGGCCAUCGUUUACAAAUCCGUUUAACCAACUCCGUUCAGUGAACUCCUCCUCAAAGGAACAAAGCUGCCCUCAUCUUGUCCACUGUAAAGAGGGAGCUGACCAUCAUAGCACAUCAUGACUGUUUGUUUUGUUUUUCUCUCUUCUGCUUCUGUGUUUUUCAACUGGCAAGGUUGUGCGGCAGGACCAAGUCACUUUAACUUAGGAUGGAAUGGGGUGGGUGGCAGUUCUGGUUGACCAAAAGUUGAGAUUCUAAGUUCUUUCCUUCUGUUGCUUUGACACAGUCUUGUACACAUGUGUUAUUCAUGUCUCCGUGUGGAGCAGGGUUUGCUGUCUGAAAAUAUAAUGUGAAAUACUGUAUGUGUCUGAUAUGAUUGUGUGUGUGUGUAUUUACAUGUAUGCGUGCGCGCGUGUGUGUGUGUGCGUCCGUCCGUGUGUAUUUACGUGUAUAUUUCCGUGUAUGUAUAUUUGUGUGCGUGCGUGCGCGUGUGUGUAUUUCCGUGUGUGUAUAUUUGCGUGCGCGUGCGUGUGUACAUGUACAUCCAAGUGUGCUUGUCAUGCAGUCCCAGGAUGGGCCUCCAGUUUAUGUGUGUCGUGUCAAGCUGUCAGCUGUGACAUGAAAUAUGCAGACCUGCUGUGGGGCGAGCUCGAGGGCGAGGGCGAGGACGAGGACGAGGACGAGGGUGGCUGCCGUUCCAAUGCAGGGCUAACCGUGUCAGCAUAGAGGUGCCGUUCAUCCUUCAACAACCCUAGAUCCAGAGUAGUCCUCUUUCGCUUCAUCUUUCUCUUCAUGUUGUUUUUGUAAAAGUGUACUUAAUGAUCACAGACACGCCUUGGUUCUUUUCUUUCUGCUUUUGAUGUUAUUCCUCUUCUCUCUCUCUCUCUCUCUCCCUGUUUUAGUUGAUUAAUAAUAAGAGAUUAAUAUUGGUUAAUCUGCUUUUUUUUUUAUUUAAUGUAAAUAUGUGAUUGGAUGACUGUUAUCCCCCUUCCAACUGAUGUCCACAAAGUGUGGGAAGAGUGUUUUCUGUGAAGCUAGAAUUUGAUACACAGACUGACUGCAGUAUCGGUAAACCAAGAGGGUUUUACUCUUAAACUUGAACUUGAAGCAUUUUCAUUGUCAGGACUUGAUUUCAAGUCUAACUGAUCAUGAUUAGUGUUGCGGUACAUGAAUUUGAGGCAGUAUAAUAUAUUAUAGUACAUAAUAUAUUUCACGAAUAUUAGAACAACACGAUGGUCUGUUCCAUUCUAUCUCCUAAGAACUCUGAAGUUGGUGGUUGAGAUAUUAUAAACCCAUUCAUUCACUAGACAAACUCAUAUUUUUACCAAAAAUAUGCCUCUGUGUGAUGAUGAACAUAGGAAGCAUGUUUUCUCCAUCUUUACAAAAACUUGGAUUGGUUUGGUUAAGUUAUGAAUAAACAGACAAAUAUUUAUAUUA